AUGUCAAUAAAUGUUAAAGGGCUGAGGAGCGGUGGGAGAGAGGUGGUGGACCUGGUGGUGUGGGGCCCUGUAGGUCUUAGUCUAGUGAAGAACCUUCAAGUUCUGACCAUUUUGCUCUGUCCAAAGCCCUCAAGAGGACAAGUGUGGUGUGGCCCCGCACACCGCGCACAUUUAUUGAAAAUGUUGGGGCCCAAUUUCAUGGACGAGAUCGAUUGCGGCAGCUUCUUCGACAAUUUCGAUGAUUUGAUCGAAUUUCCUACCGACAAUGGAUGUGGUCUUGGCUCCGGCGACGGCACCGGUUUUCCGGCCAUUUGGUCAAACCCAUUGGAUACCUUGCCGAGUUCUGACCCCAUUUUCUGUGGUGGCCACCGCAGUAGUGCUUCCGACCUCUCCGCUGAACUCGCUGUUCCGGUGAGUAUUUUUCCUUUGUCACAACAAUUUCAUUAA